CUUGACGCGGAGAAUGGCGGAGAAGAGGCUUCAGAUCAAGAACAAUGCGGCGGAAGCGGCUCCCGGUACACCGAGGAUCCGGGAUGUGAGAAUCGUAUCCGGGUCGGAAGUAACCGGAGGUCGUGGGUCUUCUUGGGUUCCAUUCAAACUCAACAAAGACAAUUACGACGGUGUGGGAGAAUUUGACAUAAAGAAAAUGGAGGAAAAUGCAGCAAAGCUUGAGAAGGAUCUAAUUAUAAAAGAGUUAGAAACUCUAGAUUUUCUUGAAGCUCUUGGAUCAACGAAAAAAUUUGUCAAAGACUUGAAACUCGAGCUGCAGCAGCAACAACAACACGUGAGAUGCAUGGAGAGCCCUGACCAUCUUCGUUCACAAAUCAAAGAGAUGAACCAUGAUCAUGAACGUUGCCAUGAUCAUCCUAGUCCCUUCAAGUCUCAAGAUAUGAUGAAUCUUGGUAAAACCAUGAACGAUCUUUCUAUGAUCCGAUCCCACAUUGAAUCUUUGAAUAUAAAGACGGUGGAACAUAAAGAUUUUCUUGGAGUAGCGUCUCUAGCCGAGGAGCUUAACAGUUUGAGGUUAAAACAUAAUGAUGAAGAGAGGUUCCCACAAUGCGAACAAGUUAAGAUGGUUGUUGAAACCAAUGAUAACAAACAUAGAGACAAUACAUGUCUUAAAACCGCAAGAAUGAGAUUGGUUGCUGCGAGGAAAAUGGAGGAAGCUGCUAGAGCAGCUGAAGCACUAGCCAUUGCUGAAAUGACUAUACUAUCCAGCGCCAAGGAGCAACCAAGGUCACCUUUAACACUCAAGGAACAAAUGCAAGAAGAUAUAUCCAUUGAGAUCAUGAGGAAGUUGGAGGAAGCUAAUGAAGAAGUUAAACAAAGCCAAGGAGCUUUGGAAGCUGCGUUAAAUCGAGUAGAGAUUGCUAAUGUGAAGCAACUUGAAGCAGAAGAUGCGUUUCGUCAGUGGAACAUUGAGUCAUGGAAAGAUCAGAAAGCUAUUAGAGCUAAACGGUCUAUGAAAGAUGAUAACAUUCCUAGACGCUCCUUCUUGAGCCAUGUGAACCAGCACAAGACGCUUGAGGAUGAUCUCACUAAGCCAAUGCUAAAACGUAACGUUUCAGUAGGCAGUGGCCUAAAUCGGAAACAAGUCACUAACGCUGAUGAGAAACAGUUGAGGAGAAAGUUCAGAUUCAUACACAACACAGUUCCUGAACAGACAGAGUAAAAGCAACACUUCGUCCCUUGGU